UUCCCCCUGGCUCCUCCUUGUUGAAUAGCUGCCAAAUUGAUUUAGUUUCAGUUUCCUGGAAAAACCCAGCUCUGUGCAGAGAGAGUUCAGUUCGAUUAAAGGCAGCAGUGGCCACAGAAGCUGUGGCAAGAUGGCUUUCUCUUAUCAUCAACCACCCUACAUAAGUCCGGCCGUUCCUUUUUCUGGGAUGAUCCAAGGAGGUCUCCACGAGGGACUUCAGAUCACUGUCCAGGGGACCAUUCUUCACUCCACAAUAAACAGGUUCUCUGUGAACUUCCAAAUCGGCUUCAAUGACGACGACAUUGUCUUCCACUUCAACCCCCGGUUUGAAAAUGGGGGGUAUGUCGUUUGCAACACAAAGCAGAGAGGAAAGUGGGGGCCAGAGGAGAGGAAGAUUGAGAUGCCUUUCCAGAAGGGCAAAGCCUUUGAGCUCUGCUUCCUGGUGCAGAGAUCGGAGUUCAAGGUGAUGGUGAACAAGUCAGUCUUCGUGCAGUAUGUACACCGAAUGCCUUUCCAUCUUGCGGACACCAUCUCUGUCAUCGGCCCUGUGCAGCUGUUCAACAUCAGCUUUCAGAACGUCCAGCCUGCCUGCGCUGUGCCACAGUUCUCCUGGCCUGUCUACUUCUCGCAGAAAUCCAGGGGCCACAGGCCGAGACAUCAGCACAUCCAACCUACCUACUCAGGCCCGCUGAAUUAUGGAAUACCACCUGCAAUGUACUCCAGCCAAAAUUAUCCGAUUCCUUACUUCACCUCCAUCCCAGGUGGGCUGCACCCAUUCAAGGUCAUCACUGUGUCAGGCGUUGUCCUGCCCAAUGCUAGGAGGUUUCACAUCAACUUGCGCUGUGGGAGUGACAUUGCCUUCCACCUGAACCCUCGUUUUGAUGAAAACACUGUGGUCCGAAACACUCAGAUCAAAGGCACCUGGGGGUCAGAGGAGCGAAGCCUGCCCUUCCAAAUGCCCUUCAGACAAGGCCAGAGCUUCUUGGUGGCAAUCAUAUGCGAAGGCCACCACUACAGGGUGACCUUGGACGGCCAACACCUGCUGGAAUACGCCCACCGCCUGAAGGACCUGAGAGCCAUCAAUAACCUGGAAGUGGCUGGUGACAUCCAGCUGACCUAUGUGCAGACCUAGGCGAGCCACACCGGCUGACAGAGGGCUGAGUGUGCUACCGUCUGUGUCUCCUCCUCCUCCUCCACUUCCUUCAGGCCCCAACUUCCUGAGCCCCACCAUCCCAGCAGAGGGCACCCCAGGCGUGCCCUGCAGGAGAACCACCGGGUCUACACUUCCCAGCAGAAAAGAGGGGUCCUGAGCCUUCUGAACUCCUGACCCAGCUCUCAGCCACUUUCCCAUUCUCUGUGUAGUCCCUGAGGACACAAGUCCCUGCAGGGACAAGGUGACUUCCACUAUACUUCCCUUCCUCUGUCCUUUAUCUUGUGUCCCCGGUUAUGCACCCUGCUGUAACUCUACCUGCUGUGGGGCGGCUACUUUGGGGACAUACUGUGGGCUUCCACCAAACUGAGCAGAACUUUCUCAGCAGGGGGAUCUUCUCUUUCCUGCCACCCUUAAAAUAGUUAAGAAGAGAAAUACUGUUGGCCCGCACUCGUGGCAUGGCUGCCUUAUUAGUGUCCAUGACAUUUAGAAGUCUCUGGAAUUAAAGGUCCCUGCUAAAGGGUACUGGUUCCCUUA